AUGGCCAUUGGGCGGCGCCGCAGUUGGCGGUUCGUCGCCUGUCCGCGCGUAGCAGUCUCCGGGCCCCGGGCCCCAGUCGGCGUUUGCUUCUCGUCUCGCCUCCGCACCGCACCGCUCUGUGCAGUUUCAGGAAUCGGACAGCGUGAAUUCGCCGAAACAAACACGCUUUUGCUCCACGGGCAGUUCCAGGUUGCGGCAGAUGAUGCAGCCAACGGUAACUACCACAGAAACAUGAAAGUCUUUGACCCUUGGAUAAUUGCAGAAUGCAGCAGAUUGUUGCCAAGAGACAUCCCCCUUGAUCCAUAUCACCUUCUCAGGACCAGAAGACUGUGGAGUGGAGUGGGAGAAGAAAAUCACUCUUCUUCACCAGGAAAACUGUCUCCUCAAGAAGAGAAAUAGUAAUCUGAAUGAUGCGAUAAACACCUUGCAAAAGAACGGCGUCGUAGAUCAAGAGAGUAUUCGACUGCUUUAGAGCGGAU